AUGACCCAAAAAAUUCUGGGAAACACAACUCUUUCAGUUCUAACUAGACAAGCAGACCAACAAGGUUUGACUCCGCUUCACUUGGCUGCAUCCUUCAAUUCUCUUCGUACAACAAUCCCGUUGCUUAUGGCUGAUAGGCAUGUGGCAUACAUGAAAGACACAGAAGGCAGAACAGCUCUUCACAUUGCAGCUUAUACUGGCCAUAAAACAAUCAUGGAAAAGAUUUUAUCAAUUUGUCCAGAUUGUUAUGAACUAGUUGAUAAGAGAGGCUGGAAUGCACUCCAUUUUGCUGUGAACUCAUUUUAUCCUAGAGGUGCUGUACGUUUAAUCCUACAAAACUCGACUCUCAAAAGCCUUUGGAAUGAGAAGGAUGCCAAUGGAAACACAGUUCUCCAUCACCAUUCUAAUUCUUCUAGGUUCGUAUUGCAACUCGGAAAUGACCCGAGACUUGAUCAGAUGGCCUUCAACAAACAAAACUUAGACGCUUUUGACGUGGUCGCAACUAAUGAAGAAAUAGGAGUUGGAAAGUUUUUAGCCCUUCGGAAACUUACAUUUGGGAACUUGUGUCUAUCAAAGCGUGUAUUUCGGAGAAUGGUCAAGGUCGAAGGCAAGGAAACGAUUAUGAAAAAAGAUGAUAUCAUCGAAGAAAAGUUUAUAAUUAAGGUGGAGAAAGCAGCAGAAGCCCAUUUGGUAGUGGCCGCACUCAUUGCAACUGUGACCUUUGCAGCAGGUAUUGCCGUGCCUGGAGGUUUUGUAGAUGGAAAAGACACUGACGCAGGCGCUGCAAUUCUGAGAACAAAUGUUGCUUUCAAAGCAUUCAUUAUUUCAAAUAGUAUAGCCAUGGUGCUAUCUACUAUUUCUGCCUUAAUCCAGCUAUUCGUGCCAAUGUGGUUUCACCAAUACUUUACUUUUUCAGGUGGCACUCUUUUCUUUGUGGCCUUUAGCCUAACCGUUUUUGCCAUGGGAGCAAUGAUGUUGGCCUUUUUCAUGGGGCAGAGAUCUAGUAGAGGAGUUUGGAAAGUUUUGGAAAAACGAUUUUCUUUAAUUUCUAGGUCUAGUGUGAUGAGCCUUAGAAACGAGUUGAUUGCAGUUAAGAAAGGAUCAGAUUCCAUUGAUGUGUAUUUCCAGAAAAUCAAGAAAAUUCGAGACAAACUUGCUACUGUAUCAAAUGUUCUUGAUGAUGAAGAUUUGCUUCAUGUUGCUCUUGAUGGUCUGCCAUCAGAGUAUGACUCGUUUAGUUCUGCUAUAAGAACUCGUAGUGAUGUUAUUUCAGCUGAAGAACUUAAUACUCUUCUCAUUGUUGAAGAGGGGCUAUCAAGAAGAGGUUUGGUAUAG